AAUAGUAAUUGUUAACUUUACCAAUCCAAAGCGAAGCCAGUGAGGCUGUGCUUUCCUGAUCCGAACAAAAGUUCUCUUGCUCUGUGCGCUGCAGCGCGCGCGGUAUUUCCCGAGGCUACAAUGCAGCGAGAAGUCCCAGAGAGGUCCCCAAGGCGCACACUGGGCAGCGCCAUGGGCAACGCGGAGCGGGCCCCGCGCUCUCCGAGAUCUCAGCCCCCUUCUCCGCGGCUGCUGCUGGCCGCAGCCGUCAUGCUGCUAGCAGUGCCGUGCGCGUUCGGGCGCCCAGCAGAGGAGGACGAGGAGCUGGUGCUGCCGGCACUGGAUCGCACCCCACCACCCGGGACCACGCGUCUUACUCUGGAAGCCUUUGGCCGGCAGCUGCACCUAGAGCUGCAACCCGACCGCGGCUUCCUGGCGCCUGGCUUCACACUUCAGACAGUGGGGCGCAAACCCGGGUCCGAGGAGCCUGGGCUGGAUCCCGCCGGCGACCUGGCCCACUGUUUCUAUUCCGGCACCGUCAAUGGUGACCCCAGCUCGGCCGCCGCCCUCAGCCUCUGCGAGGGCGUGCGCGGUGCCUUCUACCUGCAGGGCGAGGAGUACAUCAUUCAACCCGCUCCUGCAACGGCCACCGAGCGCCUCGCCCCAGCCGCCACCACCGAGGAGGAGCCUCCGGCACAGCCACAGUUACAUCUCCUGCGACGCAAGCGUCGGGGCGGCGGCGGUGUCAAGUGUGGGGUCGUGGACGAGGAGAUCCUGCAGGCAGGAGGCGCGGGGUUGGAGGGAGAGGAGGCCAGGGAGCAGUGGACUCCGGGUGGCCAAGUGUUGCAGCGCGCUGGACAACUGACAGGAACUGGAAGCGUCAGAAAGAAGCGGUUUGUGUCCAGCCCCCGUUAUGUGGAAACCAUGCUUGUGGCCGACCAGUCGAUGGCAGAGUUCCACGGCAGCGGCCUCAAGCAUUACCUCCUCACGCUGUUCUCCGUGGCAGCCAGGUUGUACAAACAUCCCAGCAUUCGGAAUUCAAUUAGCCUGGUGGUGGUGAAGAUUCUGGUCAUCUACGAGGAGCAGAAGGGGCCAGAAGUGACCUCCAAUGCCGCCCUCACCCUGCGAAACUUCUGCAGCUGGCAGAAGCAGCACAACCCUCCCAGUGACAGGGACCCGGAACACUAUGACACGACGAUUCUUUUCACCAGACAGGAUCUGUGCGGAGCCCAGACAUGUGACACUCUCGGGAUGGCUGAUGUUGGAACUGUGUGUGAUCCGGGCAGAAGCUGCUCAGUCAUAGAGGACGAUGGUUUACAGGCUGCCUUCACCACAGCUCAUGAGUUAGGCCACGUGUUUAACAUGCCGCAUGAUGAUGCUAAGCAGUGUGCCAGUCUUAACGGCCCAAGCCGGGAUUCCCACAUGAUGGCAUCCAUGCUUUCCAACUUGGACCGGAGCCAGCCUUGGUCUCCAUGCAGCGCUCACACGAUCACGUCAUUUCUGGAUAACGGCCAUGGGGAAUGCUUGAUGGACAAGCCGCAGAAUCCCAUCCAGCUCCCAUCUGAUCUCCCUGGUACUUUGUAUGAUGCCAACCGGCAGUGCCAGUUUACAUUUGGAGAGGAAUCCAAGCACUGCCCUGAUGCAGCCAGCACGUGCGCCACCUUGUGGUGCACGGGUACCUCGGGCGGUCUGCUGGUGUGCCAAACCAAACACUUCCCAUGGGCUGACGGCACCAGCUGCGGGGAAGGGAAGUGGUGUGUCAACGGCAAGUGUGUGAACAAAACCGACAAGAAGCAUUUUGAUACUCCCGUUCAUGGAAGCUGGGGGAUCUGGGGACCAUGGGGAGACUGUUCCAGAACCUGCGGUGGAGGUGUUCAGUAUACCAUGAGGGAAUGUGACAAUCCCGUGCCAAAGAAUGGAGGGAAGUACUGUGAGGGCAAGCGAGUCCGCUACAGGUCAUGCAACAUCGAGGACUGCCCAGACAACAAUGGAAAAACCUUUAGAGAGGAGCAAUGUGAGGCACACAACGAGUUCUCGAAAGCUUCCUUUGGGAGUGGGCCGGCCGUCGAGUGGACGCCCAAGUAUGCUGGCGUCUCGCCAAAGGACAGAUGCAAGCUUAUCUGUCAAGCCAAAGGCAUUGGCUACUUCUUUGUUUUGCAGCCCAAGGUUGUAGACGGGACUCCCUGUAGUCCAGAUUCCACCUCCGUCUGUGUCCAAGGGCAGUGUGUAAAAGCUGGCUGCGAUCGCAUCAUAGACUCCAAAAAGAAGUUUGAUAAAUGUGGUGUUUGUGGAGGAAAUGGAUCUACAUGCAAGAAAAUAUCAGGAUCCGUUACAAGUGCAAAACCUGGAUAUCAUGAUAUUGUCACCAUCCCAACUGGAGCCACAAACAUUGAAGUAAAACAGCGAAACCAGAGAGGGUCCAGGAAUAACGGCAGCUUUCUUGCCAUCAAGGCUGCGGAUGGCACGUACAUCCUCAAUGGCGACUUCACUCUGUCCACUUUAGAGCAAGACAUCACGCAUAAAGGUGUGGUCUUGCGGUACAGCGGUUCCUCAGCUGCGUUGGAAAGAAUCCGCAGCUUCAGUCCUCUCAAAGAGCCCCUCACCAUCCAGGUCCUUACCGUGGGCAAUGCCCUUCGGCCUAAAAUCAAAUAUACCUAUUUCGUGAAGAAGAAGAAGGAGUCCUUUAAUGCGAUUCCUACUUUUUCAGAAUGGGUCAUUGAGGAGUGGGGUGAGUGUUCCAAGUCUUGUGGAUCAGGUUUGCAGAGGAGACUGGUGGAAUGUCGAGACAUCCACGGACAGCCUGCUGCUGAGUGUGCGAAGGAAGUGAAGCCAGCCAGCACCAGGCCCUGUGCUGAACUGCCUUGUCCCCACUGGCAGGUGGGGGAGUGGUCGCCAUGUUCCAAGACUUGUGGAAAAGGUUACAAAAAGAGAACCUUGCAGUGUCUGUCCCACGACGGAGGGGUGCUCUCUCAUGAGAGCUGCGAUCCCUUAAAGAAACCUAAGCACUACAUAGACUUUUGCACGGUUGCAGAGUGCAGUUAAGCGGGGUCAGUUUUGAGGGAAAGGCAGGGUGGAAGGGGUGAUGACAAGGGAAUCAAGGGGGCUGGAGGGAUCCAAUGUAACCUGGUGGUGACCAGUGGGGUGUGUGGAUAAGAGAGGGGUGUAGAUGCAGGGAGAAAGGAGUUAGAUGAGCAUAAUGCCCUUCCAAUUACACGUUUCAUAGGCCCGUUCGUGAGGACUGAUAAUGGCUGAGCAAUGAUGGAUAAAUAGCUUGAGGAGGCCCAGGGCAUUGUUUUAUUAUUACUUUUGUUACAUCUAUUGGAAGUUUGAAAAAAAAAAAAAAAGGAACAGUUGUUAAAAUAAGUAAGACGCAUCACAACACUUGUUUUUUGGUACUGAUUUAAUACUGCAACCUGUGAGGCUGGGAGAGGAAAGGUGAAAGUAAGAGGAGAUUUUAUCCUAAGGCUAGGUUUACUUUACCUCACUAGUGGUAGAGGGACAGAGGAGUGCACAGUCAAGCUGGAAGCCCCCUGCAGCUGCUGGGCUUUCGGACCAUGCUCAGUUUUCUCUUGAGAGUUACCAUUUCAGCUCAUUCAACAAAAAAGGAACCAUCAUCAAUGUGAGAUGACUGGAGUGUCUCAGCCUUCAAUGCGUGGUCCCAUCUCAGUCUGCAGGUGUAGUUCAUUUCCAGGAAGAAACAAUUCUGUGUGUUUAUGAAAGCACAUUCAAUGUGCAAAGACAAAAAAAGAAAAGAAAAGCAAUGUGUUAGAUGCUGGCCAAAGGUAGAAGAGACAUGCUGAAUGACGAAUUUGGUACCUCCAGCCUUACUUCUCUCCUUAUGUAAGCUUACCUUGCAGAUGCGGUCGUGAAAACAACAAUUCGUGCGUCUCAAUAAAGUCAGUAAGAUCAGACAAAAGGGUGGAAUGCCAGAAAAAGACUGUGAUGUGCAGAGUAGGAUCCAGUGGUUGGGGACGUUAAGAUUGCUUGUCUCUUGUAGGAAAGCUGCUGAGGGGUAGCGGGUCAUUCCCCAGCAGCUAGUUCAACAGUCAUAUCCUGGAGAAUGUCUGUUCAGCUCUUCUACUAAAAGAGAAUAUGAUUUUUUUUCCUUAUGUAUAUAGUAAAAUACGUUACUAUAAAUUCUAUGUACUUCAUAAGUAUUGGUUUGGAUGUUCCUUCUAAGAAGGACUAUAGUUUGUUAAUAAAUGCCUAUAAUAACAUAUUUAUUUUUAUACAUUUAUUUCUAAUGAUUAAAACUGUUAAGUUAUAUCGCUUUUGUAAAAGUGCAUAUAAAAUAGAGUAUUUAUACGAUAUAUGUUACUAGGUAUAAUAAAAGAACACUUUCU